AUGGGCUCUGCACAAGAAAUAAGAGGAGAUCCAGCUGCUAAAGUGAAUUUUCCUCUCUAUGCGGUGGAAAUGUUAACCGACCGACAUUUUGUUGUAGCCGGUGGAGGUGGAGCAGCCAAAACAGGAGUUUCAAAUGGAUUUGCAACUUAUCAGUUAACCUUUAAUGGGGAACAGUGUGUAGCCACUCAAGUCGGGAAACAUGAUACUGGAAGUCGGGCAGUAAUGAAUUGUGCUACCUAUGAGGAUAACAAAUCCAAAAGUAAGAAAAUUUACUUUGUGGCUGGUCUUGAUGAUCACUCACAGCUUUACUAUAUCAACAAAAAAUUUGAGAUUGCACGAAGUUACAGUUACAGCGAUCAAAAUGAAAAUGAAAAGUCUCCUGAUAACUCUGUUAGAAAAAGAAAACCUUCUGAAAAUAAAGAAAAUGAUGUUGAUUCCAGCAAAUCACCAGAGUCUCUUCGUAAAGGAUUACUCAGCCAGAGAAGAUUAAGAAUGUUAGCCCAUCCAAUGGAUAGUGUCAAAACUGAUUUAGGCCCACUAGAAGAGUCAUUCCAAAAAGUGGUUAGAAUCAGUUCAAGUGGCAAGUUAUUGGCCACUGGUGGAUGUGAUGGUUACAUUCGUCUGUGGCAGUUUCCAACACUGAAACCCUUGAGGGAUAUAAAAGCCCAUGAAAAAGAAGUGGAUGAUAUUGAUUUUAGCCCUGAUAGUCAAAAGAUUGUAAGCGUAUCCAAGGAUGGUUGUGCUUUUGUUUGGAACAGUAAAGAUGGUAACAAGCUUUGCCAGCUUGAAUGGACACCUCCCGAUAAUGCCAAGUACCUUUUCAAACGAUGCAGAUUUUCGGUCGGCGAAGGAGAUGGCCAACGACCGCGGCUUUUUACUAUCACUAACCCGAUCAAAUCUAAGCUACCCAGUUUUCUUCAAUUAUGGGACACAUCCAGUUUUUUGCUGAUCAAAAGUGUCGCCUAUAAUUCGUCACCUAUUUCUGCCCUAGCGACGAGCCCGUGUGGAAAAUUUGUGGCCAUUGGCUCCAUGUUCGGCGGAUCUAUUGAUAUUUAUACUGCCUUUAACUUGCAGCUGGUCAAACGCGUCGAAAAUGCUCAUUCAAAUUUUAUUACGGGUGUGGCUUUUGUUCCUUGCCACACAGAAGUUGGUCAAAACAUAACAGGACUUAGUGAAGGAGCUGUUAUUAGCAUUUCUGUCGACAACCAGAUCCGUGUUCACCGAAUACCACACCGGCGAAAUUUACUUCCUCUUUGGGCAGCUUUGCUCAUUAUAGUUAUUGUCGUUUGCCUGGCUUUCUCUGUCUGUAGCUACCUGGGUCUUUUGCGAAAGACCAUUACUUUUUUCAUCCGUCAGCUGAAACUAAUCCAUUCCUCUGCAGAAUACUUUGGAGGAAACAUGGCAGAUCAACGUCAGUCAAGAAACAACGAUUAUUUAGAUAUCCCAGGAGAAGUUUUUAUUAUGAAAAACCUGUCUUCAUUUCGUCAAAUUUCAGGUGAUGCAUCGGUAGUGACCGUGUCCGGCUCCCAAGGGUUCAUCCCACCACCUAUUGUACUCCAGCGAUCGCCACCUUCUUACAACGAAGCCUCAGAUUCUCGACCGGUAGCAGUUCUGGAUGGAUACGUUCCAGCUGCUGGGCAAGGUGUCAAACCCAAAACACCACAACAACCUCCGGCUGUAGCUGGACCAUCUACCGAACCCGAGUAUGAAAGUAACAUUUCGUCCAAUGCAUUCGAUGAAUUCAUCAUCGAAGGUUACGAAAACGUCACGAAUGAACCAACCGUCAUUAAGCCGCCGCCACUGGAGCUGCUCCGAGGAGAUGAAAACUCUUCGUCCAGACGUGGAAAUGCUUCCGUGCCCAAUAUCGAUGACCUGGCUGCAAGGGAUGCCGUCCUUUCUUAUGUCUCCAAUAACCACUGUUGGGGAUUGGCUUGUGCCCGAGAAAUGACAAUUAUGGACAUUACAGCUUCUUCCGCAUUUCACUACAACUUGGAAACUUGCACGGAAAAGAGGACUGCAGUGUGGAUUCACGAGCCUUACACUGGCCAAGUGAUCGAUUCGGCUGAUCGAGGACCUUCGCCGAAACCCUGGGAUGUUCUCGUAGUUCCUCCUAAUCCUUACAGGGAAGGCCAAGUAGUUGUAGAAGUUCCUCAUUCUGCCCGGAUCGUUAACUGCUACGAUUGUGCCACCAUGGGAAGAAGAAGGUGCUGGAGCUGCUUCGGCAAUGGAGAGAUUCGAUGCAACGCUUGCAAUGGAACGGGAAAGAUACUGGAACUGGAAUCCGGAAGUGAAACUCAAAGAAUCAACGUUCCGCCUGGACCCAAGGCUUGUUAUCAAUGCGGCGGAGGAGGCCAGCGUCGUUGUGUCGUUUGCUUGGGACCUGGCCAACUUCCGUGCAAGACUUGCCUAGCCCGCGGCCAGCUCAAACUUUCACUUCAGUUGACCGUGUCUUGGAAAAUGUACAAGUCGGAUCGCGUUGUGGAACGUACGGCUGUGCCGGAGGUCCUGAUCCGCUCUGUCCAGGGCCGGGUCGCCUUUGAUGAAGAGAAAGCUGCCGUCUGGCCAAUCAAUUUCUUCCCGGAUGAAGCAGUCAAUCACGCCUCACGUGAACUGUUAGAUGAACACCGGGCCCGUUUCUCAGCUGAGAAAACUAUAGCUCAGCGUCAAUCUGUGAGAAUGGUUCCAGUCCAUCAAGUGGCUUACGUUUGGCGCAACUACCGUGGAUUCUACUACAUCUACGGUCACGACAACCUCGUCUAUUUCCCCGACUACCCACAGAAAACCUGUUGCGGAUUGACCGAAAUAUUGACGUGCAGUAUCCAAUAGUAAGUCGAUUUAACCUUAAAUGGGCUAUGCAGUUAUUAUUUUUGGAUAAGGGAUUCACAGCAUUGUUCUGGUCCCCUUCCAGUGAGAAUUAACUUUCGUGGUUUAAUUUUUCAUGACCACGCUCAUUUACUGUUGAUAUACCCUAACCGAAUGUGUGUGUGAAUUAAUAUAAACUGAAUUAUCAUUAA